UUCGCUUUCCUUUCACUGUCUGAACUGUAAUACUCUGUAUUUUUCUCUGUGAUUCACUCAUUUAUUUUUCCUUUAAGGAAAUAAAAUAUUUCAAUUUUAAAAAAAUUAUUCAGCAUUUCUUUGCUUAAGUUCUUCCGAAUCAGGUUCCGGUUGGAGAUGCUUUAUAUUCUCAGUUCACAGUUUUGAGAUUCGGAACUCGAGUUGAGGUGAGUUGGAUUCCGACUCGGUUUCUGUAAUAUUUUAAGCUUCAACUUAAGCCGUCGAAUUAACUCUGUUUGGCUGGCAAGAAAAACUGGAGGAAAAGGAAAAUGAGAUGCGUUUUCGUUUCUUUGAGGUUUAUUUCUAUUUUCGGUGAGGUUAGCAUCUGGAACUAGAAAAUUCAGCAUUUCUUUGCUUACUUUCUCCCGUGUCAGCUUUCAACUUGAGCUGUCGAGUUAACUCUUUUGGCUGGCAAGAAAAAGAGGAGGAAAAAGAGAAGGAAAAUUAUCUAUGUUUUUGCUUCUUUGACUUUGUGGUUUAUUUCUAUUUUCAGUGAGGUUUGCAGCUGAAACUGGAAGUCCCUGGAAUGAGAGUUUUCGGAUCCAAAAUCAAAUACUCAAGGGAAAUUGAAUAAUAGCAAUAAUAAAAUCAAGCUCUAAGUUAUUAUAUAGUUAAACUCUAGCUCGCACUUCAAAAUAAUAGAUUCGUGAUUAUUAGUGGUAUACCAUGGCGAUCGGGAUCUUAAGCUCUCUUUUAGCCUCCGAUCAUAGCUCCAUAGUUUCAAUGAACUUAUUCGUGGCGCUUCUUUGCGGUUGUAUUGUGAUUGGUCAUUUACUAGAGGAAAGCCGAUGGAUGAACGAGUCCAUUACUGCUCUUGUCAUUGGGGUGUGCACUGGAGUUGUAAUUUUGCUUACAACAGGAGGAAAAAGCUCUCACCUGUUAGUUUUCAGUGAAGACUUGUUCUUCAUUUAUUUGCUUCCUCCUAUUAUUUUUAAUGCGGGAUUCCAAGUGAAGAAGAAGCAAUUUUUCCGCAACUUUAUUACUAUCAUGCUGUUUGGUGCAGUUGGUACUUUAAUAUCAUUUGGCAUCAUAUCUGCAGGUGCCAUACAGUUUUUCAAGGAAUUGCAUAUUGGUGAUCUGCAGAUAGGGGACUAUCUUGCAAUUGGGGCAAUAUUUUCUGCAACAGAUUCUGUUUGCACUUUGCAAGUUCUUAAUCAGGACGAGACACCUUUGUUGUACAGUCUAGUUUUUGGGGAGGGAGUUGUGAAUGAUGCCACAUCAGUGGUUCUUUUCAAUGCAAUCCAGAGCUUUGACCUUACUCACAUCAACUCUACCAUUGCCUUGAAAUUUGUCGGAAAUUUUUUUUAUUUGUUCAUCUCAAGUACUUUGCUAGGAGUUGUGACUGGACUGCUCAGUGCUUUCAUUAUUAAAAAGCUGUAUUUCGGAAGGCAUUCAACUGAUCGCGAGGUUGCUCUUAUGAUCCUCAUGGCUUACCUCUCAUACAUGCUCGCUGAACUUUUCUAUUUAAGCGGAAUUCUUACAGUAUUCUUUUGUGGGAUUGUUAUGUCUCACUAUACAUGGCAUAAUGUUACAGAAAGUUCAAGAGUGACAACGAAGCAUGCUUUUGCUACUCUAUCAUUUGUUGCUGAGAUCUUUAUCUUCCUCUAUGUUGGUAUGGAUGCUUUGGACAUCGAGAAGUGGAGAGUUAUCAGUGAUAGCCCCGGAAAAUCAGUUGGGGUGAGUUCGAUUCUACUGGGCUUGAUUCUUGUUGGAAGAGCAGCCUUCGUUUUCCCCUUGUCGUUCAUAUCCAACUUGACAAAGAAAGCUCCUCAUGAGAAAAUUGAAUUCAAACAGCAAGUUACCAUUUGGUGGGCCGGUCUUAUGCGCGGUGCUGUCUCAAUGGCACUUGCUUAUAAUCAGUUUACUAGUUUAGGUCAUACUCAAGUGCGAGGGAAUGCGAUGAUGAUAACCAGCACAAUCACGGUUGUUCUUUUCAGCACAGUGGUUUUCGGAUUAAUGACUAAACCAUUAGUUAGGAUCUUGCUUCCUUCUCCAAAACAUCUCUCGAGAAUGCUUUCGUCCGAGCCAACUACUCCUAAAUCAUUCUUCCUACCACUUCUCGACAAUGGGCAAGGAUCUGAGGCUGAGCAAGGCAACCGAAGCGUGGUCCGGCCAUCCAGCUUAAGAAUGCUCUUGACCACUCCUUCCCACACCGUGCACUAUUAUUGGAGAAAAUUCGAUGAUGCCUUUAUGCGACCUGUAUUCGGUGGAAGGGGUUUCGUACCAUUUGUUCCCGGAUCACCCACUGAACGAAACGGUCCUCAGUGGCAAUGAAAAAGGAACUCGAAGCUGAUAUAGCAGGUACAGGAAGUCUAGAAUGCUAUACCGAUUUCCUAAAAUCGUUGCAAACCCGGCUCAACAGCUGGAUAUUUCAGUGUGAAGUUUUGUGUUAAUAUUAAUGAGAGUUUUGCAGGUUGACAAGAACAGCAAUUUUGUCCAGCAUUAGCUGAUUAUUAAUUUUGAUUGUAUAUUUAUUGUUGUCUCAAUAGUGAGAGUAUGUUCUUGAUGUCAUGUUUGUUUGCUUUUAGAAUUCUAUUUAUUAUGUAUAACAGUACUCUGUUACUUUGUGAACCUAAAAUCUUAUGAGAAUUAAGAACUCAGAGAAGUUCAGAAAUUGGAUUAUACCAAUCCUUGGACAUAAA